CUCAUUCAUCACACUUAUUAAUCACACAUCUAGUUACUAAUUUGUCUAAUCUAUUUGUAUCUAAAUUUUAAGUGGAGAUUAACACUGAUUUCACAAUCUUCUUCAGGGUUGUCCCGAUAGGAAUUACUGGGAUUCCUCUUGUUAAUACAAUUUACAUAUUUAUCUUCUAUAAAAAAUUUUCAUAUUAAAUUAUUCUAAUUUUAAAAUGUAAUUUAAAUAAUUUAUUUAUUCAUCUUUAUAAUGUUAAAUUUUGGGAGUAAUAAUUUUAACCACUUUACACAAGUAAAUAGUACCAAAAAUGAACCUCUCAGCCUCUUUAUUACCCACGAAGAUGAUGAAAAUUUAAAUUAUAAUUUUUCUCUAAAAUCUUUCGAAAUUUGCUCCAAAUUCACGAAAUCAUCAGAUAACAAUGUGAGUGACAAUGAGGAGGAAGUACAGUCUACCAGUGAAAUGUGUGAGUAUUUUGUGAAUUGUGAUGGUCAGAUUAGGGAUGUUGACAUAUUACACACUUUGGUAUAUUCUCAGUUUGAGAAUGUACUAUUAAUCCUAGUGGCAACAAAUUCUACAUCACAUUACUUCACAAAUGAAGACGAUUUUUACACAUUUUUACAGCUUUACACUUUGAAAUUUGACUCUGAAAACUCUUUAAAUUUGGAAAAUUCACUCCAAUUAUUAUCUUUAUUUCCUGUAAAGAUGGAUUAUUGUGUGCAAUUGAAGUGGUUACAGGUGAAUUAUGAGACGGGUUUUCUAUUUGCAGUUUUACUCUUUAAUUCUGGAAAAGUUAAAAUUGCCAGAUUUAACAUCAAUAAACUGUCAAACUUACUCCAAUCCACUCAGGACCUUAGUAAGAGAGUGCUGGAUUUGGAAUUUGUGUGGGAAUAUAAUCAGAACAUUAAUUACAAUAAUAAAAUCAAUUGCUUCGAUAUUUCAUACAAAAUUUGUGAAUCAUUGGUGAUGUUGGCUUGUGGUACGAAUGACGGGUUUUUACUCAUUUUGGAUUUCAACUUAAACCUCUUCAACUCCAACACUCACACAUCAGACACCAAAGACGAGGUUGACUGUAUCGAAGUUGAUUCUGAAGUUGUAGAUUCCUUUAAAACUGUUCCAGUCUUAACUGGUGUCAAUAACACACCCGUCUACAGAUCAAUUUUAUCACUCAAUUUCUUACCCUUACCAAACUCUUUCAUACUCGCAAUCGGCACUUUCUCCAAAGGCGUCGUCCUAUGGGACGUACGACAUGUUGAUGGUGAGCUGAAAACGUAUAGUAAUAUAAUGAAACCAGUGAAUAAAGUUAAUUGGAGUAGGAAUAGUCAAUUUUUAUUAUGUUGUACGUCAAGUGGUUUGUAUAUUGACUGGCAGAACAACACUACUGCCAAUUCAAUUAACCCUGUGAAACUUAGUAAAGAUAAAAUAAAUAAUGUUUGGGAUAAUAUUUGCUGGAAUGUAGACUCCUCCGAUGAUACCAUCACAUACUCUUUCGAUUCCGGACAGCUGAUACAAUUGAUGAUGUCAAAUAUGAAUAAGAAGAAUAUUUAUAAUGAUUUCACAAUUUAUCAAUGGGAUUUCCUCAAACCACAGAUGGAGAUGGAAGUGUAUAAGUAUUCUGAUUCAAUGGUUGAUAAUGUGAAUUAUUCAAUGAAGAAUAGAUUCAUUAAGGAUUUAAAUUUUGCUAAAAAAGUCGGCAUUUCAAUCACCAAAUCCAACUCAAGUGUUAACACUUCAAAUGUUGAACCAAAUGAUAAUCUCUUAAAAAUGAGGACUAAAAUCUUAUCACUCAACACGGUUAAGAGUAUGAUGACGAGUAUUUCAAGUUAUAAGAUUAAUUUAAUGGUGUAUGGAGGGAAUCUGGGACUCCUACACCUAAUACUAACGGUUGAAUAAUUCCAAAUUUUAAUCAUUUUGGCAUCAACUCAUUCGCAUAAUUCAGGCCAAACAACUAUAAACAUUUAUACUAUAGCUAGAGUAAUUGGCGUAUC